GCUUUGCCUAUCUUCACGUACUUAAAUAGGUUAUCUGACGUAUGUCAAGCUUCUUGUCAUCGAAAUUUAUUAUUUAAUCUGAGUGAGCAGGAGUCGCGUCUCGCGACGUUUUCAGGAACAACCUGUCCACGCGCACGGAAUCAAUCGACGAAUCUGCCGAACAUGCGGUGGUAGUUAUGCGCUUAAAGGGGAAAAAUAACAUUAAAUCGUUUUACAGGGUGCUUUCUCGUUUAUGUCGAUUUGUGGAUAAAGGACAUCUGGAUGGUUUCAUGGCGGAUGGCAUGGCACCAGCCUUGAAAAAUGGCCACAAUUCUGACAUGGAUUUUGCUAAUCAAUCGGUGAAGCAGUCGUCCGACGUGUCCAGCGUCGUUUAUGCAGUUGGUCACUAUCCUCCAAAGCUUUUACACAAUCUCAAUGUACAGAGGCGGGAGAAUAAGUUCAGCGACGUGGGACUGGUGGCGGGUGAUAGAAUCAUCAGAGCACACAGAUCAGUGUUGGCCGCUGGUAGCGCCUACUUCAAUGCCAUGUUCACUGUCGGCCUGGUUGAGGAGCAACAGGAGCUCGUAGAGAUCCACUCAAUCUCUCCUCACAUUCUCUCUCAGUUGGUGGACUUCAUCUAUAGUGGCAAUGUAGACAUUACGCAGGAUAAUGUACAGGAGUUAUUUGCUGCUGCUGACAUGUUAGAAUUAGAUGAUGUAGUAGCUGGCUGUAUCAAUUAUCUUAAACAGCAGCUACACUAUUCUAAUGCCCUUGGAAUUUACAGAUUUGCAGAAGUACAUAACAGACUGGAUCUUUUGGAAACUGCCCUACGCUUUAUAGAAGCCAAUUUUCCUCAAAUCUGUCAGGAGGAGGAAUUUCUGGACUUGCCCAAAGAACAUCUUGUUCAGUUUCUUAGUAGCGAUUACAUUCACAUUGAUACUGAAUGUCAGGUCUUCCAGGCCGCGUACAAUUGGAUCGUUCACGACAUCCCCGCGCGGAGAUGCUACGUAUUCGAGAUCCUCAGCCACGUACGCUUGCGACUGUGUUCAUUAGCAAGGCUAGAUCGUAUUAUUCUAGACUGCAAGGACGCGAGUCUCAUCGUCGCGCUGCGAUCUAUACAAACGGAUCUAGUCUCGAACAAAGGUUGCCUAGUGCCUCUUCAUGCCCAGCCUCGGAUCUGUGCCAGGAAGAACAUUCUGGUAAUCGGCGGAUCCAAGCGGGAGCAUUCUGCGGAUAGCUGGGGCCGAACCGCUGAGAGUACUUACGAAAGCAUCGAGAAAUAUGACAUAUUCACUGGAGAAUGGAGCGAAGUAGCUCCAAUCAGCAUAGGACGUAUUCUACCUGGAGUAGCUCUAUUAGACGGCAAAGUAUAUGUUAUCGGUGGUGAGUUGGAAUCUUGCAUUAUCGCCAACUGCGAAUGCUACGAUCCUCGUGACAACGUGUGGACUCCCAUCGCUUGUAUGGAAGAACCUAGAUGCGAUUUCGGUCUUUGUGCCUUGGAUAACAGUUUGUAUGCGUUCGGCGGAUGGGUAGGCGAAGAUAUCGGCGGCUCCAUCGAGACAUAUGACCCCAUCAGCAACACGUGGACUCUCGAAGGCUAUCUUCCGGAGCCACGGUUUAGUAUGGGUGUCGUAGCAUACGAAGGAUUAAUUUACAUUGUGGGUGGCUGUACCCAUAAUAGUCGACACCGUCAGGAUGUGUUAAGCUACAAUCCCGUGACCAGAGAAUGGAAUUACUUGGCCCCGAUGAUCACACCACGCUCACAAAUGGGAAUCACUAUCCUCGAUGGGUACAUGUAUGUCGUUGGCGGUACCAGUAAGAAUCAAGAGGUCUUAACAUCAGUUGAAAGAUAUUCUUUCGAGAAGAACAAAUGGAGCGCCGUUGCUUCCAUGAGCAUGGGCAGAUUUUAUCCGGCAGUUGCAGCGGCCGACAGUCGGCUUUAUGUUAUAGGCGGCGACCAGUCGCAAGAGAUAAACUUCUACCGCACGCAAAUCACAAUCUCUACCGUCGAGUGUUACGAUCCACACACGAAUAAGUGGCACGAGUGCGCCUCUUUGCCGUCAAGCAGAGGCGAAGCAACGGCGAUCGUUACACCUUUCUGAUUGCUAUUUCGCAAAGAUCUGUUUGCCGUUUGACGUAUUGGUCAUGCCUUUUUACUUUUCCAACUUAUUUUCUUUUUUUUGAUGUCUGUAUCUGCUAUGUGUUGUUCAUCUUUACCCAGAGCAUUGGUAUCUGUUAGCUAGAUAGUCAGUCGCACUGCUAAAGGAAUUGUAGCUUUAUUAAUUUCUAAAUAUUCCAACGGCAUUUUCAAGAUAUUUAUGUAGAAAAACGUGAUAUACUUUGAAAAAUUGUAUAUUCUUAUUGGAGAAAAUUACUGUUAUUUCUUAUAGAUACAUGACGUAAUCACUAACCGAUAGGAACAGGUUGAAGAACCUAAAAAAAAGGGAUCAGAGGAAAGAAUGUAACGAAUGAAUCUUGAUGUAUCCAGGAUGAAACAACCAAAAUUUAAGAAACUCGA